CCCAGGAAGUGGAUCGCGGGCUGUUGUUUUUGUCCGAUUCGGCAGCGAGCCUCCGGAGUUGACCCUAUUUAAUUUACAUUUCUUCUUCUUCUUGCGGGCCGGAAUGGCAACGUUUAUAUCAGUCCCGUUAAAGAAAUCCUCCGAGGUGGAUCUGGUGAAACCGCUGUCGAAAUUCAUCACGGCGACGUAUCCAGGUGUCGAGGAGCAAGCGGAGUAUCUACGCGCCUUGGAGGAGUUGAACAAGCUCCGCAAGAACGCGUUGGGGAGGCCGCUGGACAAACACGAGAGCUCCCUGGAGGUCCUCCUGAGAUACUAUGACCAGCUGUGCGCUGUAGAGCCGAAGUUUCCCUUCUCUGAAAACCAGCUCUGCUUAGCCUUCACAUGGAAAGAUGCCUUCGACAAAGGGUCGCUUUUUGGAGGCUCGGUGAAGCUCGCCUUGGCGAGUCUGGGCUAUGAGAAGACAUGUGUGUUGUUUAAUGGAGCGGCGCUGGCCAGUCAAAUCGCCUCAGAGCAGAACCUGGACAGUGAUGAGGGACUGAAGGCUGCAGCCAAAUACUAUCAGUUGGCCAGUGGAGCAUUUGGCCACAUUAAGGACACAGUGCUGUCAGCUUUGAACAGGGAGCCCACCAUGGACAUCUCCCCUGAGACCACAGGCACCCUCAGCCUCAUCAUGCUCGCCCAGGCCCAGGAGGUCUUUUUCCUCAAAGCCACCUCAGAUAAGAUGAAAGACGCCAUCAUUGCGAAGCUGGCCAAUCAGGCAGCAGACUUCUAUGGCGAUGCCUUUAAACAAUGCCAGUACAAAGAGAAUCUUCCCAAGGAAGUGCUGCCGGUGUUGGCAGCAAAGCACUGCAUCAUGCAGGCGAAUGCUGAACUGCACCACAGCAUCCUGGCCAAGCAGAAGAAGCGGUUCGGAGAGGAAAUCGCUCGCCUGCAGCACGCGGCGGAGCUGGUGAAGACGGUGGCGUCCCGUUACGAUGAGUACGUGAGCGUCAAGGACCUAAGUGACAAGAUCAACCGCGCCCUGACUGCUGCCAAGAAAGACAAUGACUUCAUCUACCACGACCGCGUGCCCGAAGUCAAGGACCUGGAGCACAUCGGCAAGGCGGCGCUAGUCAAGGCCACCGUCAUCACACCCCCGCUCAGCCAGAAAUUCACUGAUCUGUUUGAGAAGAUGGUACCCAUGGCGGUGCAGAAAUCCAUGAGUGUGUACAGCCAGAGGAAGGCUGAGACUGUCAACAGACUUGUGGGAACCAUGAGGGAGGCCACCAACCUCUGCAAUGGGGUGUUGGCAUCCCUGAACCUGCCAGCGGCAUUGGAGGACCUGUCAGGAGAUUCUAUCCCACAAUCCAUUGCUGAGAAGGCCAGGGCCAUCGUUCAGCAAGGGGGACUACAGAGCAUUGAACAGCUAAUCAAAGACCUGCCAGACCUGCUGACCCGUAACAGAGAGAUUCUGGAUGAGUCUCUGAAGAUGCUGAAUGAUGAAGAAACAACAGAUAGCGAACUAAGGACCAAGUUCAACCAGCGCUGGAACAGAACUCCCUCUGGGGACCUUUAUAAGCCCCUCCGUUCAGAGGGCACCGAUUUCCGCAACAUGCUGGACAAGGCGGUGCAGGCAGACCAGGUGGUGAGGGAGCGCUACAACACCCACUGUGACAUGAUCGCCCUGCUGUGUAAACCAGAGAACGAGCUCAUCGCCGCCAUCCCCUCCGCCAACCCUGCCAAGACACUGCAAGGCAGCGAGGUAGUAAACGUGCUGCGCUCCCAUUUGGCCCAGCUCAACGAGGUGAAGAAGGAGAGAGAGAGUCUGGAGGCAGAGAUCAAGGCCGUGACCUUUGACAUGACCUCCAGUUUCCUGACAGCCCUGGCCCAGGACGGGGCCAUCAACGAGGAGCAGCUGUCACUUGGCCAGCUGGACCAAUCAUAUGGAGCCUACAACCAGAGGGUACAGGCCAGCCUCCGUCGACAGGAAGAGCUGCUGGGAGAAGUACAGACUUCCCAUCAGGAGUUCAGCAGUCUUAAGCAGUCCAACUCUGAGGCCAACGACCGGGAGGAGGUUCUGAAAAAGCUGGCCUCGGCCCACGACAGCUAUGUGGAGAUUAGCAACAACCUGCGCGAAGGCACCAAGUUUUAUAACGACUUAACAGAGAUCCUGCUCAAGUUCCAGAACAAGUGCAGCGACAUUGUCUUUGCCCGCAAGACAGAACGUGAUGAACUGCUGAAGGAGCUGCAGCAGAGCAUCGCACGAGAGCCCAGCGCACCAUCCUUCAAUGUUCCUGCCUACCAGAGUAACCCCAUCCCUGCUGCUGCCACCGGCCCGACCCCCGCACCCAGGACCGUUUUUUCAACACCCCAGCAGCAGCCCCAGGCAAAGCCUCAGCCCCCGGCCAGACCCCCCCCUCCGAACUUUAGCCCCCAGGCAGCCCCCAUCACCCCCAGCAACCCACCUCCCAACGCCCCUACCGCAGGCAACCCCCAACCUGUGGCCCCGCCAUCUCAGGCCCAGGGACCGCCAUACCCCACCUACCAGGGCUACCCAGGGUGAGUUAUCCAUCAUCAUUUCCCAUGUCUUAUGGGCUACAAUCCCUAUGCUUACGGCCAGUACAGCAUGCCCUAUAUGCCCUACCAGGCAACUCCAGGACAGGGGGGCUACCCCGGAGCCCCCCCAGCCGGACAGCCAUACCCAGCUACCCCCCAGCAGCCCCCCCAGCAACAGCCCUACUAUCCCCAACAAUAACUCUCCCCCAUAUAUUCCCCUUCGCUCACCCCUUAACUCAAACUGGAGAGAACUUAAUACCCCCAGCAAUAAUAGUCACUCCAUUGCUGCCCCACCAACCAAAUCUUCCUCUUUCAUCCUUCUCUCCCAUUAAUGAUAGCCAUAUCAAUCCAAGUUAAGGGGG